AUGGAGUGGCUCAUCGCGGCUCGUGGCGAUGUCAAUGCGAUCUACAAUUUCAAUUGCAGGUGAUUUUCUAGCUUCUCCACUUUCUUUGCAGACUUCUUGGCCUUGAAGAUUAUAGUAUUUUGGGUCCAAGUUUCAGACCGAUAGGUAGGAAACUUGGUCCGAAGCACAAGAAGCGUGCAAAGUUUGAGCUGGCCAAAACUGCCAGCUACAUAGAUAAACCUAGUACGUUCAGCGCAAAGUACGCAACGCCGAAAGAGUGGACCGAGAAGGAAGGAACUCCGCGUCCGAUCCUCGGCUACAUCGACCUCCUCUACGGCUUCACCAUCGUCACCGUCUACAUUCCGUGCCUUUCGGUGAUGCUCCAACGGGAGAACAUUCGUCUCUCGUGCUUCAAAAUCAUGUUUCUGCUCGGCUUUGUGGAUCUGUGCGCCAUCGGCGUCAACUCCAUCGCCACCGGCUUCCUGUUGGUCGAAGGCGCCGUCUACUGUUCGCAUCCGACCGUGAUCUUUGUGACGGGCGCGUUCGGACUCGGGCUCUGGUGCGCCGCGUGCAUGAUUUGUCUGAUACUCGUGUUGAAUCGAGUGCUCGACAUUCUGUUUCCGACGCUCGUCAAAAAGUACUUUUCGGGAUCGCGCACUGCCGGAGUGCUAGUGGUGCCGGUGCUCUACGGUUUUUUCUUCAUUUUCCUCACGCCGCCACUGCUCUUCACCUCCCGAUACCAGGCCUGGUUCUUCGAUCCGUUCAUCUUCGAGGGCAAGACGUUGGAGUACCAGAACUAUCCGCAUACCGCCAACAACCUGUUCAUCGUCGUCGCCACGUGUCUGCUCUAUGGAUAUUUCUGCGCCGCCAUCGCCAAACAGUUCCGCAAACGAUUGGAGUCGACGCACAGGAAGUCGCACGCUCAGGUAUCAUCAAUCGAUAUUUUCCCACCGCACGGUCUCCAGAGCUAACAAUGGGCGCAAGUGCGCCCCGCCCAAUAGAGCGAUACAUUGGCGCGAAAUUCAAAUUUUAACAGCAAAAUUUGUGUUUUUUGCCAGAUUAGCCACGAAAAACCGAUAAUUUCUCAUUUGUCUCGCGAUAGACCGAUUUUAUAGGCUAUUACGAAUUUUUUAAGCGCAAGAGCGUCAAAUUUGGUCAAGUCGCAAAUCACAUUUAUCCGUUUGAAGGUUUUUGGCUAAAACUGCGUGAAUUUCAGUUGCUUUUCGGUAAUUUUCGCGGUUCGAGCGCUCAAAAUGCUUGUAUUUACGUGAUUCAUAUUUCUCAACACCAAUUCUGUCUGAAAACGGUCAAGAAAGGGCAAAAUGAGAAGUGCGGUUUUUAGGCGACGAAGGCGAAAAAGCAAAGUGCGCGAAAAAUGCGCCAAAACGUCAUUAAUUCUGAGAAUUAGUGUAUUUUCAUGUCGAACAAUAAUUUUUCAUCGCCUUUGACGACAAAAAUCAGAAAAAACCUGCUCAAUUCAUGAAAACGCCAUUUGGCCGCCGAGGCCACGCCCAUAUUGUCAGCUCUGGAGACCGUGCACCGGCCCCGUUCGAAUUCAGAUCUUCCUCCAAUCCACUCUGAUCUGUCUCGUCAACUUCAUCGCCGCCAUGAUCUACGUCUACAUGCAAUUCUUCCCCGUCGCCGACUUUGUCAUCGUCAUCGGCCACAUUUCGUGGCAGCUCGGACACGGAUGCCCUGCCUUCAUCUACCUUUUCAUGAACACGACGAUCCGCAGCGGCGUCGCGCGCAUCUUCCGCAUCAAAGUACGCGUUGUGCCAUUGGAUUUUGACUACUAGUUAUGCAUCCAUAUUAUUAUUCUACAGUCCAUUUUUAGAAGGGACACGGUGUGCACACGAGAACCACGACUACAGUGUCGAUCAUCGGACAACCCGGACAUCAUCAUCAUCAUCAUCAUCAUUCGAGCUCGAUUCAUUGA